UAUUGAUAAUGCUAAUAAAAACAAUAUUUUUUAAGAUUAUUAACCAAAAUUUAUAUGUACAUAUUCUCCAUUUACAAUUAAGCAUUAAAAUAAAAUUAUCAAAUAAAAAAAUUAUAUUCAAAACACGCCAUGAAAACCAAUAAAAUCCUGCCCUUUGACAAUACUUUACUUAACAUCACCAUUUCACUAAGACAAUUGGAAGAAAUCUCUAAAGAAAUUUCCUCUCGUGGUCAAGUUACUGAUUUAAAUGAAGUUGUUUGGGCUUUAAAAGCAUUAACUCUUACCGAUUUGACUACAUUAGCGGGUGAUGAUACCCAGGCCAAUGUUGCACGUCUUUGCCAUAGAGCAGCCUAUCCCUUUCCACUACAUUUAGUAGAAAACACCAUAGAAGAGACGUUGCACAAACAAAUUCAUACGGGUGCCGUUUGUGUUUAUCCAGCACGUGUAGCUGAUGCACGUAAAACAUUUGAACAACUUAAGUGUUUCGAAGAUAUUCCUAUAGCUGCUGUAGCCACUGGUUUUCCUACGGGUCAAUAUGGUCUUAAAACACGUUUAGAUGAAAUAACAUUUGCAAUAGAAGCGGGUGCUCGUGAAAUUGAUAUUGUUAUUAAUCGACAAUUGGCUUUGACCGAACAGUGGCAGGCUCUGUACGAUGAAGUUUGUGAAAUGAGAAAGGCGUGUGGAGAGAGGGCACGUAUGAAGACUAUUUUAGCUAUUGGUGAAUUAGGUUCAAUGGAAAAUGUCUAUAGAGCAUCCAUGGUUUGCAUGAUGGCUGGAGCGGAUUUCAUUAAAACCUCCACCGGCAAAGAAUCGGUAAAUGCCACUAUACCCGUAGGUUUAGUUAUGAUCUGGGCAAUUCAAGAAUUUCUACGAAAAACUGGGCAAAUAGUUGGUUUAAAACCAGCCGGUGGUGUGCGUACUGUACGCGAGGCAAUAUCUUGGAUGACUUUAGUUAAAGAAACUUUGGGUACGCAAUGGCUGCAACCAGCACUCUUUCGUUUUGGAGCCUCUGGUCUGUUAGAUGACAUUGAAAAGGUAGUACGUAAAGGCUUGGCGGGACAAGAUAUACAAACUGCUGCUGCAGCAUAUUAAAAUUAUUUUAUAUAUGUAGUAACAAUUGCAUUUAAAUAAAAUCUAACAAAAUACCUAACUAUUUAUCUAUUGUAAAGAAAUCAUUAAGAGGAUUUAUUAUUUGGACUCUACAUUGUACAUUUAAUUAAUUUAUUUAUUUAUUGACUUAUUAAGCUCGGUUUUAAAUACUAAAUACUCUAGUUUAAAAUCUUCUUAAAUUUGUAAAUUGUGUUAUUAAUGGUAUUUGUAGAGCAGCAGCUGCUAUUAAAUCCUCCUCUCCUUGACUGUUGUAAUCAUCAUUUUGGUUCUCGACUUCUGACGUAGAUUUAUCUAAUUUAUUGGUUCGGUCGGGUACUUUCAUGUCUACCGCAAAGAAUGUAUCGUCAAAAUUUAUACGAUUACGUUCAUCGUUUAUAAGGUAUACAUCUUUGGGAACAUUAACCGAUUGUUUAUUGCUGGGGGAAGAUAAUUGCUUUUCAUAUGCAUUCAACCAUUUGAUAUUGAUGUGUUUGGCAGAUGAAUUAAACUUUUUUGGUAAUGCUUUCUUGGGCUUAACAUCAUAAAAGUUUUCUUGACUUUCGCCCUCUUUAGGCGGAGGCGGUGGUGUAAAAUGUUCCAUUUUACGGCUUUUUUCAUCAAGUUUGGUGUGUUGAGCAUCGCUUUCAUCGUAAUCAAAGAGUGGUAAAUAAAAGUUAAAGGGCUGAUUAGCAGGAGGCUGCAUAAAUUGUAUGGGUACGGCGACUUGUUG